CUUCUUUUUUUUCUUCUUCUUCUUCAACACAAAUCCAACAUCACCGAGAUAUCACACACCAAUACUGACGAGAUUCUCUUGUCACAGUCACGAUAAUCGCAACAGCCACAGCUCUGCCAGCCUGAUCUGCCAACCCGUCAUUAGCCGACCUUGUCGAACUGAGCCUACCCGCACAGUUCCACACCUGCAUCGCAUCCCUUCCGCUUCUAGCAACACGUCUAGAAGCUCAGGAAACGUCGAACCGACAUCAUGGCGACCAUGGCAGCUGCUGCUUGCGAUAUCCAACAGGCCUCCAACAUGAGCCGAGACAACUUAGCUGUUGUAGCGGCCAGGAGUGUCCCUGCGACGACUGUGACACGAUCUCAAGCCCUCCCCACCCCUCCCAACUCCAUCUCUCCCGCCCUGCCGCCUCACGGCCUUAAGGCCCAGCUCCAGAAGGCCAGACUUGACCCCAUCGACUCGGACUUGGACCUGCACGAUGACCCCGCCGGCCGCAGGCGCGAAGCGUCGCAGUCGCCCCCGUACGACGCCACCGGGGCCAUCACCACCACCCUGCUGGCUAAGCACCAUCUCCCUGAGAUCCUCCUCAACCAUGGCCCUCUGGCCAUCCGCCACAUCAUGGGCUACCUGACGACCUCGGUGCCUGGCUUUGCCGGCAUCCCCCCGACGAAGGCGCGCCGCUUGGUCGUCGGUGCUCUGGAGGGUCGCGGAGGCGAGGGUGGUGGUCCGGACGGCGACGUCGAGUUUGAGAAGGUGGGCUGGGGACGAUGGGAUGCCCGACGACGCGGUCAACCCCCGCGAGGGUCGACACCCCCCACCGACUAUCGAUCCGGCAUCCCCAUCAGCAAGACCCCCGGACGCGGCAUCGACAGAUCUCGCCUCAACCUCUCCUCCUCAAGCGCCGGCGACUCCAUCGUCUUCUCUCACGACGAUCGCGACAUUAUGAUGAUGGAGAAUGAGGCGGACAAGAUGUCCCUGGAUGGCUCGGCCUCCGCCUCAUGCUCAGAGGCUCCAGAUGACGACGACAUGGCCAUGGACGACGACCCCGAGGAUGCCACCGACGACGAAGACUGGGCCGCCGUGGGAGCCGCCGCUCUCCGCGCCGAGUCCUACAACACGGCCGGCGCGACUGCUCCAUCUGCCGGACGCAGCUUCCUCUCUGGUGUGUAUACCUCUGGAGGUAUGCGCACCGUUUCCACGGGCAUGGCCCGCUCCCUUCAGCCUCUGCCCUUCGACUUCUCGGCGCUUCGGGCACCGUCUGACGCACAAGAGCGCGAGGCGGUGGAGGCUCUCCUGCGACUGGGUUCUGUAUAAUACCAUUUCUGCAUAGCACGGCGUUGGGGAU